AUGCUUAUGGAUCUAACCUACAACAUACAUGGCUCCAACAACCCUAUCAAAAUCGAUGAUGCUCUGGGCCGGAUUCUGCCAGUCCCGUCCGAGUACAAUCUAUGGAAGAUCAACGCGAUCGUACUUGACCAAUUCAAAGUGGGAUCUGCUCAUGAGAAAGUAUCCUGUGGCGAAUACGAGCUUUUCAACGGUGUCGACUCAAGACAACCACUAUCUGACUCUGGAUUAGGAACGCUUGUCUCUGGCAUGAGCAUCACCAUGGCUUUCGUAAUCGGACUAUACGAGCAGCAGCCGUGCCACAUGCAGCGUCUGGUUCGACAUCUCUAG